UGAUCGUCGUGUUGAAUUUUGCACAAAUUUGGACUGACGGUGAUAUGGAAGCCCGCGUUGUUAAUGGAAUACUCACUAAUAUACAAAUACACCCACACUCCGUGUUUCUCUUUAUGCGUGAACUAGAUGAUGGUCACGUUUGCGGAGGCUCUAUCGUUAACCAAAGGGUGAUUCUUUCUGCCGCGCACUGUUUCGAGGGAAUCACAAAGUUGGGAGUAAUAACCGCUAACGUAGGGAGUUCGCAUUCAUACAAAGGACUCAAAUUUUUAGUUAAAUCUGUGAGAGUUCAUCAAAAAUAUGAUACGAUCAAAAUCAUUAACGAUAUAGCAUUAGCAGGAUUAGAGAAUUCAAUUGUUUUUGGACUGAAUACAAAAAGAAUAGUCAUAGCGAAACAAAAAAGCAAUGAAGGGAUGGCUAAGCUCGCAGGAUGGGGCGUUGUGCAGGAAUAUCCACGUUACGAGUAUAGUAAUUAUUUGCAUGAAGUGUUAGUACCAUUCAUGUCUCGAGAAAAGUGUAAGAUCCUUUAUGAGAGAAUUGACAAAGGGACGUUCUGCGGGGGAAGAAUCAAUGCAGUGUCGCAUCCUUCCGUUGGCGAUUCCGGCAGUCCUCUUGUCUUUAAAAAUUAUACGCAGAUAGGUCUCGUGUCUUAUAAAAACAAUCAGAUUUCAAAAAGCAUGAUCAUCUACACGGAUGUCCCUUAUUACUACAACUGGAUCGUGGAGAACGCAAGAUCUGUGUUCUGCAAAGACGAACUUCAUGUUCCUGAUUUCAAUUAUAGCCAUAUAGACAGUGAAGAAGGUUUAAUAUUAUUUAGAAAUGGGAGAUAA